AUGAUAUCUUGGAAAGAGGAUUAUGAUUGUUGCUCAUGGGAUGGUGUUACAUGUAAUUUGGUGAUAGGUCAUGUGAUUGGCCUGGACUUUAGCUGUAGUUGGCUUUCUGGCAACAUCCCUUCCAACAUUACCCUAUUUCUUCCUCCUCAAUUAAAAAGACUCAAUCUAGCUCACAAUGAUUUUAAUCUCUCCCAAAUUUCUUCUGAUUUUGGUCAGUUGACCAGUUUGACACAUCUUAAUCUCUCUGCCUCAAACUUUAGUGGUCAAAUUCCAUCUGAAAUCUCCCAUUUGUCUAAAUUGGUUUCACUUGACCUCUCAUGGAAUUAUAACUACCCAAAGAAUAAAAAUAAUAGUUUGCUAAUUGAAAGAGUUGUUUUGGAAAGGCUACCUCAAAAUCUGGCUGUGUUAACAGACCUUGCUCUUGACAAUGUGGACAUGUCUGCCAUCGUACCUAGUUCAUUGACGAAUCUAUCUUUGUCUCUAACUUCUCUAGGUCUCUCAAGGUGUCAACUACAAGGGAAUGUGCCAGAAAGCAUCUUCCGCCUUCCAAAUCUGAAGAUCCUUCGGUUAUGUGGUAACUUCAACUUGACAGGUAAUUUUUCCAAAGUUAAUUGGAGCAGCCCACUCAAGCUUUUGGAUGUCUCUGACAUGAGCUUGUCGGAACAAUUACUUGAUUCAAUCAGCAAUCUCUUUUCCUUGAGGGAAUUGUAUCUCAGAAACUGCACUCUCGCUGGGUCAGUUCCUGCGUCACUUGGCAACCUUACACAACUUGCUUAUUUGAGUCUGUCGUAUAAUAAUUUGAUUGGUGAAUUUCCAGAUGUUUUUGUCAACUUAAGGCAACUUUCUUGUUUAGAGUUGUCAAGUAAUCAGCUCACUGGUCCAAUGCCAUCUGGACUAAAUGGCUCUAUUCCAAGUUCAAUCUUUGAAAUUGUGAAUUUAACCAAUCUUGAUCUUUCUUCAAACAAUUUAAGUAGAAUUGUGGAGCUUCACUUGUUCUCAAAGCUUAAAAACCUUCAGUCUCUUGAUCUUUCUCAUAAUAGUCUGUCAAUAAACACUACAUUCAAAGCCAACUCAUCCUUUCCACAAUUUCAGUGGUUGUACUUAUCUGGUUGCAACUUGAGUGAAUUCCCAAUUAUGUUAAGAACUCUAAACCAAUUACAGUACCUCGACCUUUCUGACAAUAAAAUCAGUGGUCAGAUACCUAAUUGGAUGGGGGACGUUGGAAUGGAUACUUUGUCCUUUCUAAAUCUUUCCCACAACAACCUAACCGGCAUAGACCAGCUUCCUUGGAAGAAUCUUGAGGUUCUAGACCUUCGGUUCAACUUGCUCCACGGACCAAUUCCGAUUCCACCACCUUUCUUGACAAUAUUAUUGUUGUCAAACAACAAAUUGACUGGAGAGAUACCUGAUAUGAUCUGCAAUAUGAGUACCAUAGGAAUUCUAGAUCUUUCUAGUAAUAGUUUGAGUGGUAAAAUUCCAACAUGCAUGGGAAACUUUAGCAAUCUUCGUGUGUUGGAUUUACAGAAAAAUAAACUCUAUGGCACCAUUCCUGGAAAAUUUGCAAAGGGCAGUCCUUUGAAGACCCUUAACAUCAACGAGAAUGAAUUGGAAGGGCCAAUCCCAUGA